AUGGUUCUCAUCGAGGUAAACAACGACUCCGGCUUCGAUUCCGGCAUGGGUUUCCCCAUGCUGGCUGCCGAUCUGACGGCAGCCUUGCAACUGUUGGAGCCGGCCAAGCGGCCCCACGGUCUCGCACCGACGUCGAAGGACAUCUCCACGGCCUCGCCGGCCGCCAAGCGCCCCCGCGGUUGCCCGCGGAAGGCUAAGUCGCCAUCGUCGGCCUGGCCGGUGGUCAAGCGCCCUUGUGGGCGCCCGCAAAAGGCUGCGUCACCCUCCUCGGCCUCGCCGGCGACCAAGCGCCCCCGCGGAUCCCUGCGGAAGGUUACGUCCCCAUACUCGGCCUUGCCGGUGGUCAAGCGCCCCCGUGGGCACCCGCAAAAGGAUGCGGCAACCUCCUCGGCCUUGGCGCCCUGCACGGCCUCAUCACCGGAAAAGCGACCCAGCAUAGCUCCGUCGAAGGCCUCGCCGCUGGCUAAACGCCCUCACGGCAGGCCACCGAAGAAGGCGGCAUCCGGGGUCUCGAGGCCGGCCUCCUGCGACUACGUCUCCUCUGACGACGAUGACUCAUCCGACUCCUUCGAUGAAUUGGAGUUCAUGAGGAAGCACAUGCUUCAAAUGGGUGAUAAACUUGAUGAUAAGAGCAAGUUGCUUGCAAUAGCGCAAGCCAAGAUUGCUACCCUCGAAAAUGAAGUUGAGAUUUCGAAAUCGAGAGCAAAAACUGGCGCUGCGUCGAGUGGUCCGCGACAGUGGAUAGAGGUGCGGGGCGGCGCUGGAACGUCCGCCGCCGCCACUGCCGCCCCGGGCUCGCCUUCGUCGUCGUCCGGCUGGUCCUCCUCGUCGAAUUCCGACCCUUCGGAGGAGCAGCACCCGGACGUGACGGACCUGGUUCGCGAGGCGGACCAGGCGUGCAGUUGGUACUCGGCUGCUAUAGGGGAAAUCGGGCGCCUGCGAGGGAGCCUGGAUGCCGUUGAGGUGGCCCUGGGUGCAGCGGAGGAAGAGACGGUGGCGGCGCGCGGCGCGACCACAGACGCGCUGGCCCGGGUCGUUGGUGAUUUCUAG